CACAGGCUACAGCACACACACCAGAGACCAGACAAAAAAAUCCCGUGCAUCAUUUAAUCGAACCCCUACUCCAUUUACGAUGGGCCGUUUUCGAUUCUCGAUACGUCUGAGGGUCGUGACGGACGUGUGGUUUUCGCGUUUCUUUGUAGAAAGAGCACGCAUGCACCUCAAUGACUUGUGGUGGACAGUCGGAGGUUGCAAUGAUUAGAUUCGGCCGUGAGUUACCACUGAUCGUCUCUUCAUCUGCGUUUCCGGCGAUCCCACACGCACCAAUCAUCCGUCCCAAGCACGACUACCACCCUGCUGCCAGCCUGCUACUGCCUCAGCCCCGGACCAAGUCUGACUCUGACAUCCAGCGAACUGGCCUUCUACUCCGUACGCUCUGGGCAAUCCGUAAGCCCUGGAAGAGAACGUUACCGAAGCUCCGUCUCGGGCUUCUAGAGUUCCUUCAACGGAACGGCCCCAGACCCGGCUUCCACGAAACGAACAAAGACGAGCGCUGGUUGUAUUUGGCGUGCUUCACUUCUGAGCAGCCGCAGCAAUUAGCACUAGCAUCAGCAUCGGCAAAAGCAUUGUAUGGUGUUGGUUUCUUCGACCGGUCCAGUCCACCCCGUUCAUCAGGCCGUUCCUUUGAUCGAACUUGGUUGGCGCCGUCGAAUUACAUUGCCCCAUUGCCUCCCUAUCCCCUCACAUUUCGCCUCAGAACCUUGAUCUGUUGGCUUUGUUCGUUUGAAGUCUUGACGCCUCCUGCCGAACCUUGUCCCGUACAAGCUACUGCUUCCUCCUGCGGGCCGUAUCUUACGGGUGAUACCUUACGUGGAAACGCACCACAUUCUCGGACACACAAAGAAGCAGAGGUAGACACAGAAAAGGCUCAAGUUGAGGAUCACCAAAGGCACAUUGGUGCCGAACUGCGCUAA